GACGCGACAAGCGCUACGUUCGCUUCGUGUUUACCCUUAGUGAAUCAUGUGUGAGAAACGUGGUAUGUACACGCGUAGACCGCAGGUGCCUCUUCUAGUGGUGACUACUUUGUUAGUUGGUGUGCGCCCGGAAUUAGUUGAUCCUAAAUUCAAGGAACCCAUCACCAAUGUAACCGCAUCAGUUGGAAGGGAAGCAAUCCUGGCUUGCAUGGUUCAAGAUUUAGCUGGAUACAAAGUAGCAUGGCUGCAAGUAGACACCCAAACAAUACUGACGAUAGCCAGCCAUGUUAUUACGAAAAAUCAUCGGAUAGCCGUCUCUCGGAGCGAUAACCAUACAUGGUUUCUCCACAUACGGGAAGUAAGAGAAUCGGACAGAGGAUGGUACAUGUGUCAAAUUAACACGGACCCGAUGAAGUGUCAGACUGGUUAUCUGGAAGUUGUCGUUCCGCCAAACAUUCUGGAUUAUCAAACGAGCACAGAUAUGGUGGUGCGAGAAGGUAGCAACGUAACUUUACGAUGUACUGCGACAGGAUCACCGGAACCUAACAUUACCUGGCGACGCGAGGAUAGCCAGUUAAUACUCUUGGGGAAUGGAACAAAAGUCUUGAACGUAGAAGGACCAACUUUUAAUAUUACUAAGGUGAAUCGAUUACAUAUGGGAUCGUAUUUUUGUAUCGCAUCCAAUCACGUGCCACCUUCCGUCAGCAAAAGGAUUAUGCUGACUGUACAUUUUCCUCCUAUGAUUUGGGUGCAAAAUCAAUUAGUGGGUGCUCGGGAAGGAGAACAGUUGACUUUGGAGUGUAACUCGGAAGCUUAUCCCAAAUCCAUCAAUUACUGGACAAGAGAUAAAAACGAAAUAGUUGCACAAGGAGGGAAGUACGACCCUAUAUUUUUGGACAACGCAUACAAAGUUCACAUGAAACUAACGAUAAGUUCCGUCAGUCGCUCGGAUUUUGGAUCGUACAAGUGUGUCUCCAGGAACUCCUUGGGAGACACCGAUGGCAGCAUCAAAGUUUACGCAAUAACAGAAAACAUGACUUCCAGCAACAGCAAUACCAAACACAGAGGAAAAUUGAGAUACAAAUCGAAGAAUGAUAUUUUUGACGGAAAUCAGGACAUGCUAAAAGAGCGAGAUCUGAAGUUGCGAGGUCGGAAAGAAACAGACGGAAACGAAGCUGAUGAUUACGACGAUUCCGGAGUGAUGACGAAGGAGAACCCUUUCACUCUGGUCCUCGUUUUGGUCGCGUUUACCAUUUACCUCCACCACCAUCCACAGUUAAGAACGCUCCAUCCUGUUUAAGAAUCAGCCAUCAUCAUGUUAUCGCAUCAAGAAAGUUUUCUUUCGAUCCCAAUUCAUCGAAAAUUUAUAAAUCCAUUAAAAAAUCCAUCGCUCAGGGACUCCAUUCCAGGAUAAGUAUCAUGAAUUCCGCUGACCACUUACACGGUAGUAUAAGGUAACGUUAUAUCGUUUAACGAUGUUAGGUAUCGUAAAUUAUUCGUAAAUUAUUCGUAAACAGUAGUUCGGUAGAUCAAGAGUGGAAUGUCAUUCUUUACCGUGGAAACAACACGUAGCGUUUAAUGUGUAGCACGAACAAUAACGAACACAAGAGAAUUCUGCGUUAACGAUUAUUGAGUUAGUAAGUUUGCACGAUGAGUACAGAAAACCUUCCUCACGCUUAAUUACAAGUAUUACAUUCAAUGAUGGUUCUUAAAACUAGUCAGCAACAAAAACUAAUUCCUCGCUAAUUCUUUCGUAGUCAUUUAUAUUUAAAUAGUUCGUGAAUGUAAUAAUGAACUUGCGUACAGUGUUAAAUACAACGUGCAUAAUCCGUUGUCUUCUUAUGAUGCCAGCGAAAUUCAAGAUAACAUUCAAAAAAGUGUCACAAACAUUUUUUCUAGAUAAUUUCUCGUAACUUCUAUUAUGAGAGUAUCAAGCAUUUUCGUCGAUUCCUUUGUUUUAAUGAUCGCUACCAAGAGGUAACGUCCUUCUUAUGUAAAACGGUAUGUAUUGUGAAAAAUACUAGGACUAAUUAUUUAUUAUUUAUGACUACCAAAGUAGCGGAUGUGUGAAGUCAUUCUAACGGAUAGCUAAUAAAUAAUUAUAUUUAUUAUUUAUACGUUUCUUAUAAUAUAGGUAUGUAUUAUAAAAAACGUCUAAGAAUAGGAGAUCAGGACUAAAGUACAAUAAAGAAAUCAAUAAGGAAAGUAAAUGUUAAUUUGAUGUCUGCAAUAGUUUCUCGUGGAAUGUACUUGAAACAUACAUUAGAAAACUUCAUUCUUCAUUGCUACAUAUUUGUACACAUUUUCCUCGCAUAAGUACUUAUGAAAAGAAAAAGGUUCAUAAAUUGUAUUUGUACAAGUCGAAUCGAAGCGAAGAGAUGAAUCAAUUUACUAAUUUAUUUAUAUUUGAGUUUUCAAAGAAAUGUAAAGCCUUAUAAUUGAUUAAUGCUCUAAAAGAUAACCCUUUUUCAUUUUUUAUCUAAAGAAAAUCAUACUACAAUACAUUAAGGAAAUGAUUGAUAUGUAAAAUAGUAGAUGAGGACAAUUUUAUAAAUAUACACCUAAUAGUGAACGCUUAAUAACUUGUAUCAACAACGUCGGUGGAAGGCUCCAUAAUUCGCAUUUGUACCAAAGACACUGUUCACUGAAAAAAAUAAUCCAACACAUAAAUUACUGUACAUAUACAUAUAUACUCGAUAUAUGUAUAUUAUGUACGAUUACACAUAAGAUAACAUGUUCCAUGUAUCAUAUUUGUAUAGCAUAUCGCAUGUGUGUAUAUAACAUACUAUAAAUAGCGUAUUAUGGAGAAUAGUAUUAUCCAAAGACUGAGGGCGUUCUUUCGAUGCUCUUUAAACUGCAUUAAACAACUCGUGGCUGACCAAAUUUUUAAAUAUCGCAGGGGUCGGAAAAUCAUGGAUCGCUUCAACAUAUGAAAUUAAAAUUGAAAUUCUUGUGUCAAGUAUUAAGAUUCGGAUUUCAUGUCUGAUAAUUUAUUAACCGAUUGGUAAAUAAUAGCCAGUUAAAAAUGUAUUUAUUACUUAGCUUGUUAAUUCUUAACUCACCAUUCUGAUAUCAUUCGUCGGGAUGCGUUCAUUAUUAAUUGGUUUAUGUUUCUAGUUUCUAGCGGUACUGUAUACAUUUCCAUCUAUUUUCUCUCAUAUCCUUACUAUACGUAUCAAAGUAGAACAAUAUUACAAAAUUACCAUAUCAGGAAAAUUUAUUCGCUGUUACAGCAUGCGAAUGAAUCAGAAUAUACACGGUAACUCAUUUAAAUACGACUGUUUUAUAAAUCAUUGGAUAUAUAAAAAAAUGUUUCAGACAAGAGUUGAAUGACUUGAAUAGGUGAAGACGAAUCUACUUUACUUCAUACAAAUUAAAAUGUGCCAUACCCUCUUCGGUUUUUUUUGGAUAUUUUUUACAUACUAAUUUCAAUUUGCCUACGUAACGUUUACAUUAAGAUGGACAUAUUUUAAUCAUUACCACUAUUUCUUAAAGCGAAUUAUCCUUAGGCAAACAAAAUAAGAAUUGACAGUUUAUGGUAUAAAUCUGAAUGUAAUAAUUUGUACAUUUCAUAUACAGGUUGCUCAAAAUGUUUAUGAAAUAGACUUAAUUAUUUCACGUUGAAUAGGAAUGAAUGCCCUUAAAUAUAUUCAGUAGAAAUAUUUGAAGAGAAGUGAAGUUGAUUAUUUAGUUCUAGCAAAUAAAUAGAUAAGAGAUAAUAUCAAGGGGGAAUAGUGAGAUUGCUCGCUAUGUUAUGUGUAAUAUAACAUUCUACUUUGAGAUAAAAUUUAUUAUUCGAAGACAUAAAGCAUAUCUGAGAACACGGAUUGUUUCCGAAAGCUGCUACCACAUGUAAUAAAAUAUCAAAAGAUAAUCUACCUUUACUUUGAUCGUUUAACGAGUAAUUUGUAAAUUAUCCAAGAAGAAUAAAAAUGAUUAAUGCUUACAGAUAAUGAAUAUUUUCAAGAAUCAGUUAAGGAAAUAAUCCAGUAGUCUGAAAAUAACAAUCGGAACACUUAAUUAAUUCUCAAAGUAUCGAUAUUGUAAUAUUUUCAAAUUUCACCGUUAAAGUUUCUAUUAGUUAUCACUUAAAUACCAUUUACCUGUAAACUUCACGUACUUUGUUGCGAAUAUACGUUAAACAUUUGGACUAUCUGUCGAUUUCUACAAUUUAAUUUUGAAUCUUACUAGUUUUACAUGAGUAAUCUAAAAUAUAUGUAGAUACGUUAAAUAAAGAAGCGGUAACCGAGUGUAUGAUAGUAUUAUAGUAGUUCUUAAGGUAUGAGAAUGUUCAUUUUCAAUUACUUUGAAUAUUCCCAGAUAGCACCAGAUGUCCCAUGGACGUCCAUUUUAUGUCCAGUCUACGUCCAAACGUCCGACGUCCGUUGUCGGACGUCCUUAGGACAUCCAUGGGACGUAAAUUUUGUACGUCCCAGGACUUCCUCCCGGAACGUCCUACGAACGUCCAUGGGACCUAAAUUCUGUACGUCCCAGGGACGUCCGCCCGGGACGUUCUACGAACGUCCAUGGGACUUAAAUUUUGUACGUCCCAGGGACGUCCGCUCUGAACUUUCUAGAUUUAGUGAAAAAUACUUUUUUUUUAAACAAAAUAAAUAUUAUUUAUUAAUAUUAUGUAUAUUAAAUAUUAUUUAUAAUAUAAUAUUUAUUCAAUAUGUAGAACAGAAUAUUUUUUUUCGAAUAUAAAAUACACUAUUUACAAUGGUAAAUUAAUAUUAAUUAAUUAAUUAAUAUUAUUAUCCCAGAUAGCACCGGACGUCCCAUGGACGUACAGAGAACGUACAGAAAACGGUCUGGGAAUGUCCAGCACCGGACGUUCCAUAGACGUACAUAAGACGUUCCUGUUCCUGUGCUAUCUGGGUAUACAGUCAUUAUUUAAUAUUCGCAACAGAAUAUUUUUUUCCGUAGAUAAAACACAUAUUUAUCUAAUAUUCGCAACAGAAUAUAUGUUUGCACAUGUAAAACAAAAUGUUUAUUCAAUAUUAGGAAUACAAUAUUUUUUGUACAUAUGAGAUGUGAUAUGUAUGUAAUAUUUGGAACUGUUCAGAAUUACCUAAAAAAUUAAUUCUUCUAACUUUUCAAAAAAAAAGUUCAAGUCAUUUAGACCAAUUUAAAAAGAAGGCAUUGUGUUUUAAAACGUAUUAGAAUAUUAAUGCUAGUCACUAUAUAAGCCUAAAAUAUGAGUCGGUUUAGCGAAGGCGUUUAUGGGUAAGUGAGGAAGCAGGUUACGUUGUAGUUUGAAAAUUGUGAGUUCGAUCCCACCGGGGGUAAAUAAAAAUUGAACGAUUUGUUCGUCGUUUUCAUGGAAUCCAGUUACAAGUAAUAAAUAAAUACAGUUAACAAAAAUCUACCAACAAAUAAAAGAAAAUAUAUAAAAUUAAAAUUUAAUUUUUUUUUAAAUCUCAAUUUUACAGAGAACGUUCUGGGAAUGUCCACAUCGGACGUCCCAGGGACGUACAUAGAAUGUCCACCCCAGACAUCCCAGGGACGUCCUGCGAUGUAACUGGGACGUUCCAGGGACGUUCACAGGACGUUCAGGGGACUUUUGGUCGUUAUCUGGACGUCCAGUACCGGACGUCUUAUGGACGUACAUAAGAUGUGCCUGUACUAUUUGGGUAUGAAUAUGUGCUGUUAAACUUCUAAUGCGAAAUUUUUGUCCUCGUUUAUGAAAAAGAUGAUAUGUGUCCACGCAAGAACGUGACAGUUUCUACGUUUUGAAAAAGAUCAUAAGAAUAUGAUAAUCGAUUUUCCUGACUUUAGCUUGUUACAAAUUAUGUCUCUAUUUAUUUAAAAACUGAUUAGUUAUUUUACCUUAAUCAAUCAUUUUUAUAUAGUGUGCCGAAUGAUAUUAGUUGGCAUGUGUAAACAUAACAAGCUAUUUAGAAAAAUAGCAGACUAGAAUAAAUUUGAUCGACGUUCAUAUAGUUAAUGACCACUUGUAUUACUAUCAAGGUCUACAUAUCUAAGUAACACGGCUGAACAGAUAUUAUUUAUUUUGCACUUCUGUAACGCAUUGUUUACGUGAAAUGCUUGACGUGGGAAAUUUACGCUACAAAAUGAAUAUAAUAAAUAACUAACAUUAAUAGAUACACGUUCAACAAAACAUAUCAACUGUCUGUGUUCUCAUAUAAUAAAAAGAUCCUCAUUUAUAUGUAAGGACCCUCUUUAGAAAAGUCAAUUAAUAAUUGCGAUAAUUGCGAGUUACUAUUUCAGUAAUUAUUACACAUAUACAUAUUUGAAGUAAUGCGUAUGAAAUUGAGUGUUCCGGAUAAUUUAUUUAAUGCAAUAAAGUCACCACUAUUGUAUUCUAUCAUUAUCUUCAAAUUUAGCUUAGAUAUGAUAUCUUGUAAAUCAGACUAUGACUUGCUAUAUUCUUACUUUAAUUUUAAUGAGUUAUUGUCUGCCCUACAGCAACACGUAUUCUAUUAUAUUUCAUAUUGAAAAUGAAGAUAUUCGUGAAGAAAAGAAUAGCUCUGUAAUAAAAGUAAGCGAAUCGAAUUUAUUUUAUCAUUGCUUGACAUUUGUAUUCACUGUUACACAGUACCACAUACUUUAUAAAAUAUAGUUCUAUUUUUAUAUAUAAGUUGUUUGUCGCAAAUCAUACAUUGAAGUGUACCAAAAUAUUGCAUAAUUCUAUACCUUAAUUUAUUCAGCGAUAAGAACGGCAAAUAUCAUUUCAAAAAAGAUGAUCUAUGAUCUUUCGCCAUUGUUCUAAGAGGAAUCGUAUUCCUCUCUAAUAUUACAUUGCUUUUGGGAUGCAAAAUAUUCUGAACCCGCUUUGAUAGUUAGAUAGAAGUACUAAAUUUUGUUUCCGACUAUGGCGUCAAAGCACUAAAAUUAGCUUUUACGUCACUUGCUCUAACUAUGAAACAAACAAACAUUCAAAACACAAGGGCAUGCAAGAUAUUCUUUUAUAGUCAGAAUAAAAAGAUUAUUCCAGCAAUGUAUUAAUACGUAUAGUUUAUUUUGGUGCUAUAACAGAAAACAAAGAUGAUUAAAAUACACAAAAUUGUCUGGGAUGCCCUAACACUGCUACAUUAUUAAUAAUUGCAUAUAUUUUACAAGAAUUAUUUCUGUACAAAAUUGUAUACAAAUUCUAAUGAAAUUUUUAACCAAAAUCGAUUUCCCCUGGUAUAUUCGAAUAUUUGUAAAUGAAUUUUAGUAAUUGCAACAAUUAUGAAUAAUUGUGCAUAGAAAGUAAUAGAUACUUUUGUAUUAUCAGCAUUGUAGAUACCAUCGAACCGACGUUGAAUGAUCGAUGUAAUUAAUUGUGAUGCGAAACUGUGAGAUUUGUAACAAAAGCGAACAAUAUGAAUGCUUGUAAGUAGAAGUUAAGCACCAUAAAAAGUGGAAAUAAGUUAAACGAGCAUAUAGGAAAGAAAGGCGAUACUUUGUAGUGUACAGAUAGAAUGCGUUGCCCUGCUAUGUAGUGGCGUAACUAUAUAUGCCUCUAUAAUAUAUAAUAGUAUAUAGUACAUUAAUAUACGCGAAUGGAAAUAAAUAUAACUCAUAAAUAAUAUAUAUAUAAUAAUAUAUAUUAUAUAUUAUUUAUUUAUGAGUUAUAUUUAUUAAUAUGUGCUGUUAAACUUCUAAUGCGAAAUUUUUGUCCUCGUUUAUGGAAAAGAUGAUAUGUGCCCACGCAAGAACGUGACAGUUUCUACGUUUUGAAAAAGAUCAUAAGAAUAUGAUAAUCGAUUUUCCUGACUUUAGCUUGUUACAAUAUAUAUUAUAUAAUAUAUAAUAAUAAUAUAUAUAUUAUUAUUAUAUUAUAUAUUAUUAUAAUAUAUAUACCUUCGUUUAACAAUGACUUAAUUACUUGUUUGAUUUGAAAAAUAGAUGUAAUUUGUAUCGCGAAUUGCAGUUCAUGUUCGAAACAAUCGAAAAAACCGAAAUUAACUUCAUCAAAUCGCGCGAUUAUUUGCUAUUGCUUUCGCAAUAUGGUUGCGCCAUACGUCCUGCUUUCAGCACACAAUCUAGUUUUACAAGCUCUGUCGAGACUAGAAGAUUUUCCAUUGUCCAUGUACACAAGAAAUAUAAGUUUACCACAUACUUUUGUUUUGAAUUUAUUUCAUCUUUAACGACAUCUAAUUAGAUAAGCGUGAAUUACAAUAUAUUCUUUUAAAUGUUUCGAUGAUCGUGGUAAAAUUUCUUUGAAACUUUUCGUUCUUAGUACAUUUUUUCCUUUCCUUGAAAGUA